AUGGCCAUAGACCCGGUGGUGGCACUCCUGCAGGGCGAGGCAGUCGGUCAUCGGGUGUUGGCGUUCGCUGAUGACCUCUGCCUCAUUGCGGACAGCCCCGAUGAGCUCCAGGUUUCCAUCGACUUGGCGCACAGGAGCCUGGAGAUGCUAGGGCUCCGGCUGAAUGCGGCCAAAUGUUCAUCACUGCACCUGUCGGGCCGGCAGCCGGUGAGUGUCCGGGACACCCAAUUUCUGUUGCGCGGCCUACCACUACGCCCGCUUGCCGAGGGUGAGGCGGCCACCUUUCUCGGCGCACAAGAUGGCUUCAAUAUCGUCCCGCCACUCUCCACCCUCGCCGAGGUUAUAGAUAUCGGCUUGCGCAUCGCCCGGAGCAUGCUUGCUCCGUGGCAAAGGAUCGAUGCGCUAAAGACCUUCUUCUACCCCUCAACCGUCCAUCUACAACGGUUGGGGACUUUCUCGAAGACCCAUUGGGCGAGGGUCGACAAAAUCCUGAGGCCGGAGAUAAAGAAGACGUUGUAUCUCCCGCAAGAGGCCUCAGGAGAAUUCCUGUACGGGUCGACCAGGAGGGGGUGUUGUGGUAUCCGGAUCCUGGCGGAGGAUUCGGAUAUCGCCGCGGUGGACAGCGCCUUCAAGCUUGUCACCUCACCGGACGCGAGGGUGGCAGAGGAUGCGGCCGAGCAUGUGGAGGAGGUCACCAAGAGGCGGAUAUCUAAGGACCCCUCAAUCCAAGAAGUUGGCUCCUACCUGUCCGGUGUGGACGAAGGGGUGUUCCGGGAGGCCCGGGGCACGGGCGUCAUGAGUGUGUGGUCGAGGGCGCGAAACCCCUCAAAGCGACUUGGUGUCAAGUUUGUCAAGCUUGAGGGCGCCCCCUCGAUCACGCACGAAGGUACAGUAAUGAGGGGAAAGCAGAGACGGGCAGUCAUGAGGACAGUACGCGACACUCUUCGGCUCAAACGAAGCGAUGCCUUGAUCGCCAAACCCGAUCAAGGUAGAGCCGUCGAGUGCGUGGCUGCUCACUCUGCUUCCUCCCACUUCCUGAAGGAUGGCGACUUUACGAGGUUCGCCGACUGGCGGUUUGUACACCGUGCCAGGCUGAACCUCGUAGCGUUGAAUGGCUCCUCGUCCUGGAGAGCCGGUGACCGCAGGUGUAGACGGUGUGGGUACAUAAACGAAAGCCUAGCCCACGUCGUCGACCACUGCAUGCGGUACUCCGCGCUCUACAUGGCGAGGCACAACGCCAUAGUCGCCAGGAUCCGGAAGGCAGCGUCCACAAAGUUUGAGGUCCUCUCCGAGAAUCAAGUCCUGGGUCACCAGGGCUUGAGACCGGAUUUAGUUCUGAAGAAGGGCCCAAACAUCUACAUUGUGGACGUUACUGUACCGUUCGACAACCGCCUUGCCGCGUUCGAGGUGGCUGCUGAGGAGAAGAGGACCAAGUACGAGGAGUUGCGGUCCUGGUUGGCAGCGGAGCAUGGAUGUGAGGCGACGGUGGUGCCAUUCAUCGUCGGUGCCCUCGGAUCCUGGGACCCUGCCAACGACUCCUUCAUGCGCACGUUAUGCAGCCGGUCGUAUGCCACCUUAAUGCGUAAACUAUGUGUCAGUGACACCAUUUCAGCAUCACGAGACGUGUACAUUGAGCACCUGUCUGGGGUGCGACAGGAAAGGGGCUAG